UCGGCUUCCAUGGCCGGAGAUCCGGCUGCGUUUCGGGAGUCGAGCGCCUCAGGGGCCGGCUGGGCUGCGGAAGAGCGGGAGUGAAGGGGGCCGCUCCUUCCACGCCGGGGGACCGUCGCCUGCCGUCGCCUGCCGUCGCCGCCCCCUUUGCCCACUCCAGGCCAGGAUUCGCCUUUGACUCCUAACUUUGAAGAUGCUGGAGUCAUACGUAACUCCAAUUUUAAUGAGCUAUGUGAAUCGCUAUAUCAAGAACUUGAAGCCUUCGGAUCUCCAGCUUUCACUAUGGGGUGGGGACGUGGUUCUCAGCAAACUCGAAUUAAAGUUAGAUGUUCUGGAACAGGAACUGAAGUUACCAUUCACGUUUUUAAGUGGCCAUAUUCAUGAGCUGAGGAUUCAUGUACCGUGGACAAAACUGGGCUCCGAGCCUGUGGUCAUUACGAUCAAUACAAUGGAAUGCAUCUUGAAACUUAAAGAUGGAAUCCAGGAUGACCAUGAAAGCUGUGGUUCCAACUCUACCAACCGAAGCACUGCUGAAAACGCAAAAUCAUCCGUCAAACCCCGAAGAAUUCAGCAGGCUGCUCCUACAGACCCUGAUUUGCCACCAGGAUACGUGCAGAGUCUGAUUAGACGAGUUGUAAAUAAUGUAAACAUUGUUAUAAAUAAUCUGAUACUGAAAUAUGUUGAAGAUGAUAUUGUCCUUUCUGUCAACAUCACUUCUGCUGAAUGUUAUACUGUAGAUGAAUUAUGGGAUCGUGCAUUCAUGGAUAUUUCCGCUACUGAUCUGGUGCUGAGGAAGGUCAUCAAUUUUUCUGACUGUACAGUUUGUCUUGAUAAAAGAAAUGCCAGUGGUAAAAUCGAAUUUUACCAGGAUCCUUUAUUAUACAAAUGUUCUUUCAGAACUCGUCUUCAUUUUACAUAUGAUAACCUAAAUUCCAAGAUGCCAUCUAUUAUUAAAAUUCAUACUUUAGUAGAGAGUCUGAAGCUUUCUCUCACAGACCAGCAGCUGCCCAUGUUCAUCCGUCUCAUGCAGCUGGGGAUCACUCUCUACUAUGGAGAAAUCGGUGAUUUUAAAGAUGGUGAAACCGAGGACCCUGCCUGUCACAGUAAAGACGCAUUAGGAAGCCUUGCAGGCACUGAAGAUGAGACAAGAAUAGACAUGCAGUAUCCUGCUCAGUACAAAGGCCAAGAGUUCUAUUCCCAGGACUAUGAGGAGCCUCAGGGAUGGGUGUCCUGGGCCUGGUCGUUUGUUCCUGCCAUUGUGAGUUAUGAUGCCAGUGAGGAAGACUACCUUGGGAGUGAUACCACGUCAACCAUGCAUCAACAGAAAGUGCAAACCCUGAAGGACCCCAUUGUUUCUGUUGGGUUUUAUUGCACAAAGGCAACUGUGACAUUUAAACUCACUGAAAUGCAAGCUGAAAGUAGCUAUUAUAGCCCACAGAAAGUAAAGUCUAAGGAAGUUUUGUGUUGGGAACAAGAAGGAACUACAAUUGAGGCCCUUAUGAUGGGAGAGCCUUUCUUUGAUUGUCAGAUUGGAUUUGUAGGUUGCAGAGCCAUGUGUCUUAAAGGAAUUAUGGGUGUUAGAGAUUUUGAAGAGCAUGUGAACAGAAGCGAAACUGAAGCCUGCUUCUUCAUUUGUGGUGAGAAUUUGAGUACAAAAGGUUUGACAUACCUUACAAAUUCAUUGUUUGAUUACCGAAGCCCAGAGAACAAUGGCACCCGUGCCGAGUUUAUCUUGGAUGCAGCUCACCAUAAGGAGACAUACACAGAAAUAGCUGGCAUGCAAAGGUUCGGUGCUUUCUACAUGGAUUACCUGUAUACAGUGGAGCACAACAGGGGCAAAGGUCCAGCAAAUCAGCAAGACUUUCCUUCAGGGAAAAAUGAGGACUUGGGAAUAGUUCAAGAGAAGUCUACUAAAAGCCUCGUUAUCGGCCCUCUGGAUUUACGCUUGGACAGCAGUGCAGUGCAUCGGAUUUUGAAGAUGGUCGGCUGUGCUUUGGAACAUGAAUAUGAGCCGUACAGCAGGCUAAAACCAGAAAGUAAGGAUGAAAAGGAAACAGUACUGAAUCCUGAGGAAGUGGCUUCUUUGGAGGAAUAUAUUCCUACUCGGCACACAAGUAUUACUCUUCUCAAAUGUACUUGCACGAUUUUAAUGGCAGAAUUCAAUUUGCUAGACCGCUUGCUUCCCGUAAUCAUGGGAGGAAAGAACUCAAGUAAUUUCAUGAAUGCCACAAACUUCCAGUCACUUCGACCUUUGCCAUCCAUUCAGAUAUUGGUGGAUAAAAUUAAUUUGGAGCAUUCUGUUCCCAUGUAUGCCGAGCAGUUGGUGCAUGUAGUCAACAGCCUCCCUCAGCCUUCCGACAGUCUGCUUCAUUACUGCUAUGUCCACUGCUACCUCAAGGUGUUUGGUUUCCAGGCAGGACUGACAUCUUUGACUCACAGUGGAUCUUACUGCUUACCUGUACCGAUUAUCCCCUCUUUCAGCACUGCCCUGUACGGGAAACUUCUGAAACUCCCUGCUCUCUGGACCAAAAGGUCUCAGACUGUUGUAACUGAAGGUAUUUUUGAACUGCCAAAUCUCACAAUUCAAGCGACAAGAGCACAGACACUUUUGCUGCAAGCAAUAUAUCAGAGUUGGGCUCAUAUUGGAAAUAGCAGCUCUUCAGCAGUGAAUGAGGCUUUGAUGAAUGAAGUCUUCCAAACUGCAGGUGUGAAAGCUAAGAAUCCCCUGCCAACUCUUGAGGGCUCAAUCCAGAAUGUUGAGCUGAAGUACUGCAGCACAUCAUUGGUCAGAUGUGCCUCUGGGACUGUGGGAUCCAUAAAAAUCUGUGCCAAAGCCCCAGGCGACAGUGGAAAAGAAAAGUUGAUUCCUUUGCUUCAGGGCCCUUCUGACACUCGAGACCUUCACAGUACCAAGUGGCUCAAUGAAAGCAGAAAGCCGGAGUCACUCCUAGCCCCAGAUCUGAUCGCGUUCACCACCCAGGUUCCUCAGCACAUGGAUGACUGCCACCUUUCCGGUGCUGUAUUUCUUUGUAGUGUACAAGGAUUAGCAGUUAACAUUGACCCAGUAUUAUAUACAUGGCUCCUCUAUCAACCACAGAGAAGGACAAGCAGACAUAUGCAGCAGCAGCCUGUGGUAGCAGUUCCUCUGGUUCCUGCAGUGAGCAGGAGGAAAGAAGAGGAGCUCUCUACUGGAAGUGCCCCAUUGGCAAAGCAGCAGUCAUAUCAAGCCUCAGAAUAUGCCAGCAGCCCUAUCAAAACAAAAACAGUCACAGGCGUAAUGAGGAAGAUAAUGGCUAGUGGACGCAGAAAUGAGAGGUCUGAGAUCCAGAUUCAAAAGAACACUCAGGGGGACGAGUUCCUUAGGACGGAAGGCUGGGAGACAAGCGCAGAACAGACGACUGGAAAGCCUCUAGAUGGUACUCACCAGCAACAUGGGUUCCUUUCUCUCACCUACACAAAAGCCGUAACAAAAAAUGUCCGCCACAAGUUAACUUCGAGAAAUGAGAGAAGAAGCUUUCAUAAAUUAUCUGAAGGUUUACCAGAUGGCUCGCCUCAUUUUCUUCAUGAAAUUCUUGUUUCUGCACAAGCGUUUGAUAUUGUGCUUUGCUUCCCUUUACUUAAUGCUAUUGCAAGCAUAUUUCAAACUAAGCCACCAAGGACCCAAAAGGAGAAAAGGAAGUCUUCUGGCCAGCCCCUGAGAACCCGUACGCUGACGUCCCGAAGUUUGCCUUUGAUUUAUAUAAAUACAAGUGUGAUCAGAAUUUUUGUUCCUCAAACCGCAAAAACACAGUCAGCUGUUGAAGUGAAUCAGGCAGCAAAGGAGGACACGAUGGUGGUGAAGGUUGGUUCUGUUGCCAUGGCUCCCCAGGCUGAUAACCCACUUGGCAGGUCUGUCCUCAGGAAAGAUAUAUACCAGAGAGCCUUGAACUUAGGAAUUCUUCGAGAUCCUGGAUCAGAAAUUGAAGAUAGACAGUACCAAAUAGACCUGCAGUCCAUCAAUAUUGGUACUGCCCAGUGGGAUCAACUCAAACCAGAGAAAGGGAGUGGCCCAGGAGGACCGCUAACAGAGAGUGAAAGGAACUCUCAGAACCCAGCCCUGGAGUGGAAUAUGGCCAGCAGCAUACGGCGACAUCAAGAAAGGAGAGCGAUUUUGACCCCCAUCCUGACAGAUUUUUCUGUCCGAAUCACUGGAGCACCUGCCAUCAUUUUCACCAGAAUAAUCUCCCCAGAAAAUCUGCACACAGAGGAGAUUUUAGUGUGUGGCCAUUCCUUGGAAGUGAACAUAACCACAAACCUGGACUUCUUCCUAAGUGUGGCUCAAGUUCAACUCUUACAUCAGUUAAUAGUAACAAACAUGACUGGAUUGGAGCCAUCCAACAAGGCCACAGAGAUCUCUAAACAAGAACAGAAGAAAAUGGAUACAUUUGAUGGAGGCGUAGCUGAAACUUCUUCCCGGUACAGCGGUGCUCAGGACAGCGGAAUCGGCAGUGACAGCGUUAAAAUCCAGAUUGUGCAAAUAGAGCAGUGCAGCGGCGCCAGUCAGCACCGCAUAGCCCGACCCUCCCACCAGUCCUCCAUCGUGAAAAACCUCAACUUUAUUCCCUUCGACAUAUUUAUUACGGCCAGUAGGAUCUCACUAAUGACCUAUUCCUCGGUGCCCUUACCCAAGUCCACAGUACCGGAAGAGAAGGAGGAUGGGACAGCAGGCAAGAAUUCCUCAAACCUCCCAGAAGUUGAUGCUGACGUAGUUAAACCUAACCAGGCAUGCAUCUCCAUGGUGACUGCUGAAGAUCUCUUAAGCAGUAGCAAUUUUUUUCCUUCAGGAAAAAAAGUAAGGGUUCUCUCCCUUGAAAGCCUCCAUGCGUCUACACGGUCAUCUGCUAGACAAGCACUCGGUGUCACUGUUGUUAGGCAACCUGGCCGAAGAGGAACAGGUGACUUAGAACUUCAUCCAUUUCUCUACUUAAUUGUAUCCCAGCCUUCCUUGCUUCUGAGUUGUCAUCACAGGAAACAGAGAGUGGAAAUGUCCAUCUUUGACGCUGUGCUUAAAGGUGUGGCCCCUGACUACAAGUGUGCAGAUCCUGGGAAGACUCUGCCAGAAGCCCUUGACUACAACACUGUGUGGCUACAGACGGUGCCUGGAGAAACAGACAGUAAAAGUGGAAUUCCACCUUCCCUUGUUACACUACAAAUUAAAGACUUUCUUAAUGGACCAGCUGACAUCACCUUGGAUAUAUCAAAGCCUUUGAAAGCUAACUUGAGUUUCACCAAACUGGAUCAGUUAAAUCAUUUUUUAAAGAAGAUUAAAAAGGUACACAGCUUUGAACAUAGCAAAGAGACCUCAGCCCCAUCGGACACUAUCCUGAAUAAGGAUGAGCCUCCCAUCUCCAGAUGGUACUGCGGAAAGUCGUCUCAGCCCAGAGUUCGCUGUGAUGGAGUGCAGACUUCUUUUCAAGAAAACAUGUGGAGAGCCACUUCCUGCUUUCAAAAAGUUUCUGUCCGCACUACCCAGAUCGUGGUCUCCAUGGAGACUGUCCCACAUCCUCACACACCGUGUGUGUUAGCAUCACUGUCAACCCUCAAUGGAAGCCUUAGUGUCAGAGCAGCACAGAGAGUACCAGGCAUAAGUCUUGGAUCAUCAUUCCUCCUCAACAUAAGCGAUUUUCUCCUUAAAACAAGCCUCAAAGACAGAAGUCGGAUUCUGAUGGGACCUUUCUCUGCUACUGUCAAUCUGGAAGCCAAAUGGUGUAAACACAGUGGCAAUCCAGGUCUACAACAGGCCAUACCAAAAAUAGCCGUGGAUUUAAGAGGUGGUCUGCUACAGGUCUUUUGGGGUCAAGAGCAUUUGAAUUGCUUGUCCCUUCUGCAUGAAUUAUUCAGUGGGUAUCUUCAGGAAGAGGGGAGCUUUGAAGUGCCGGUUCCCGAAUCAGCACCCCAAUUGCCAUCUCCUGUGGAUAAGACUCAAGCUCUGAAAAGUGAACCAAGUUCAGAUGACCUGCGGACAGGCGCCUUUCAGUACCUCCAGGAUGCUGAACCUUUGAAACUCCCUGGUGCCUAUGAAGUCUUGUUCUGCAGUGAGACAGACGAGAGCCCGGGGAUGAUGCUGUGGAGGUAUCCAGAACCUCGCGUGCUCACCCUGGUACGGAUAACUCCUGUGCCUUUCAACACCACAGAGGACCCAGAUAUUAGCACAGCGGACCUUGGUGAUGUGCUGCAGGUCCCUUGUAGUUUGGAAUAUUGGGAUGAACUCCAGAAGGUUUUUGUUUCAUUCCAAGAAUUCAGCCUGUCUGAAAGCAAAGUCUGUGAGCUGCAGUUGCCGGACAUCAGUCUUGUGAGCGACCAGAAGAAACUGGUGUCCUCCGAUCUGUGGAGAAUUGUCCUGAACAACAGUCAGAAUACAACAGAUGACCAAAGCUCUGCGAGUGAAUCUGGUUCUCAGAGCACCUGUGAGCCACUUGUAACUCCAACAGCCCUGGCUGCCUGCACCAGAGUCGACUCCUGUUUCACCCCAUGGUUUGUCCCGUCUCUCUGCAUGUCCUUCCAGUUGGCUCACCUGGAGUUUCGCCUCUGCCAUCACUUGGACCAGCUAGGCACAGCUUCACCACGGCAUCUCCAGCCAUUCAUUCCUGAUAAAAAUGUGCCAUCUGAACUAGAGUACAUGGUGAUUUCCUUCAAAGAACCAACCCUGUAUCUUCGACAGUGGAGCAGCGAUUCCGUCUGCCAGGAGCUCCGGUUCUCAUCGCAGGUGGACUGUCGGCUUCUGGAGUGCAGAAACGUCACAAUGCAAACUGUGGUGCAGCCCUUUGGCAUCUCUGGGCAGAUCUCACUCUCAGACGACGGAGUGCAGAGGCGGCUGGACGGCACCAUGAUCAUGGACUCGGUGCUUGUCAACUUUGGGCAGCAUGUGGUUCACUCCCUAAACACUGCGAUACAAGCUUGGCAGCAGAACAAAUGCCCUGAGGUAGAGGAAUUGGUCUUCAGCCACUUUGUGAUCUGUAAUGACACACAGGAGACACUGCGGUUUGGCCAGGUGGACACUGAUGAAAAUAUCCUGCUGGCAAGUCUCCACAGUCACCAGUACAGCUGGCGUUCUCACCGAUCCCCACAGCUGUUACACAUCUGUAUUGAAGGCUGGGGUAACUGGCGUUGGUCAGAGCCCUUCAGUGUGGAUCAUGCCGGGACAUUUAUUAGAACGAUUCAGUACAAAGGUCGAACUGCUUCCCUCAUCAUCAAGGUUCAUCCGCUCAGCGGAGUGCAGAAACAGAUUAUCAUCUGUGGACGACAGAUCAUCUGUAGUUAUUUGUCUCAGAGCAUAGAGCUGAAAGUUGUUCAGCAUUACAUUGGUCAAGAUGGACAAGCUGUAGUCCGAGAACACUUGGAUUGCCUCACAGCCAAACAGAAAUUGCCUUCGUACAUAUUAGAAAACAGUGAACUGACAGAGUUGUGUGUGAAGGCCAAAGGAGAUGAAGACUGGUCAAGAGAUGUGUGCCUGGAACCCAAAGCCUCUGAGUAUAGCACUGUCAUCCAGGUGCCUUCUUCAAACAGCUCCAUUAUUUAUGUAUGGUGCACAGUUUUGACUUUGGAACCCAAUUCUCAAGUUCAACAGCGAAUGAUUGUGUUCAGCCCUCUUUUUAUCAUGAGGAGUCAUCUUCCAGACCCUAUUAUCAUACAUUUGGAGAAAAGAAGUCUGGGCUUGAGCGAAACACAGAUGAUUCCAGGAAGAGGGCAGGAAAAUCCGCUGCAGAACGUGGAGCCUGACCUCGUGCACCACCUGACGUUUCAAGCGCGAGAAGACUAUGAUCCUUCAGACUGUGCUGUUCCCAUAUCAACAGCCCUCAUUAAGCAAAUAACCACUAAGAUACAACCUGGAGGCACAGUUAACCAGAUGCUUGAUGAGUUCUAUGGGCCAGAACAGUCCCAUGAACCCACUUGGCCUUAUAAUAAGAAGGAUUCGGACAGGAAUGACCAGCUGAGUCAGUGGGACAGCCCGAUGCGAGUGAAGCUGUCAGUCUGGAGACCGUGUGUUAGCACCCUGCUGAUAGAGCUGCUGCCCUGGGCUCUGCUCAUCAACCAGUCCAAGUGGGACCUCUGGCUGUUUGAAGGAGAGAAGAUUGUUCUGCAGGUUCCUGCUGGCAAAAUUAUUAUUCCUCCUAAUUUUCAGGAAGCUUUUCAGAUUGGAAUUUACUGGGCAAACACAAACACUGUGCACAAGUCAGUAGCAAUUAAACUGGUCCAUGAUCUGACGUCCCCAAAGUGGAAAGAUGGCGGGAAUGGCGAAGUGGUGACGCUGGAUGAGGAUGCCUUUGUUGAUGCUGAAAUCAGACUCGGCGCUUUCCCAGGACGUCAGAAGCUGUGUCAGUUCUGCGUCUCCUCCAUGGUGCAGCACGGCAUACAGAUUAUUCAGAUUGAAGAUAAGACUACAAUAAUUAAUAGUACACCAUAUCAAAUAUUUUAUAAGCCACAGUUGUCUGUCUCCAACCCCUAUUCUGGAAAGGAGCAUUUCCAUGUUCCAGACACCGCUACUUUCAGCAUUUGUCCAGGUGGAGAGCACUCUGCUAUGAAAUCCAGCUCCUUGCCUUGCUGGGACUUCAUGCCUGAUAUGGGGCCAUCAGUGGACACAGCCGUGCUGCAGAAACAGAUACUGCUGGGCUUUUCUCCUGCACCAGGUGCCGACAGCUCGCAGUGCUGGAGCCUGCCAGCUGUGGUUAGACGAGAGUUUCCCAGACAGAGUGUAGCAGUGCCCUGUGGAACCUCGAGGGAAAAUGGAUUCUGCACCAGGGCAAUAGCACUGACAUAUCAAGAACACUUUGGAGUCACUUAUUUAACCCUCUCAGAAGACCCCAGUCCUCGAGUAAUUUUCCACAACAGAUGUCCAAUGACGAUGCUCGUCAAGGAGAACAUCAGAGAUAUUCCGAUGUUUGAGGUUUAUUGCAAAAAAAUUCCUUCUGAGAGCUCAGUUCACCAUGAGCUGUAUUACCAGAUUGUCAGUUACCCAGACUGCAAGACCAAAGACGUACUUCCCAGCCUCCUGUUAAGACUGGAAUCAACGGGAGAAAGGACAGCUGAGUGGAGUGACGCUGUAGACAUCAACAGUCAAGGGACUCAGGUUGUGUUCCUUACCGGCUUCGGAUAUGUGUACGUGGACAUUGCCCAUCAGUGUGGCACAGUCUGUAUCACUAUAGCCCCAGAAGGAAAAACAGGACCCAUGUUAACCAGCACCAACAGAGCUCUGGAGAAGAUGGUUACUUUUAAAACGUUCAUCACCCGCCUGAGCCUGGCAGUGUCUGAUGACCUCACACACCACAAGGCAUCAUCUGAGCUUCUAAGGCUCACUCUGGACAACAUUUUCCUCCACGUAUGUCCUGUGCCUGGUGUCCUCCCAGGGGAAGAGCCUCCGUCCACCCUGCUCCAGCUUUUCAGUGUGGAAGUCUACUUCGGGGACCUGCAGCUGGACAACCAGCUUUAUAACAAAUCCAACUUCCACUUCGCUGUCUUGGUCUGCCAAGGAGAGAAGACAGAACCAGUGUGGUAUUCGAGAGUGCAGAGUCUCCUGGUCUCCAGCAAAGACUUGGAGGAAUACAAAGAGAACUGCUUCAUCAAACUUCGCCUCACUGUGUCUGAGGGGACGGACUUCCUCUUUGAUGUCAGUGAGUUCUCUGUUGAACUGAAGCCAGCACGGCUCUAUGUGGAGGACACCUUUGUAUACUACAUCAAAACUUUAUUUGACACCUACCUUCCUCACAGCAGGGUGGCUGGUGACCAUGCACAGCUCUCUGCAGGGGAGCAGGUGCUGCCCGUGCAGGUGAGACAGCAUGCCAGGGCCUUGGUGAACCCGGUGAAGCUACGGAAGUUGGUCAUCCAGCCAGUGAACCUCCUUGUCAGCAUCCACGCCUCUCUCAAGCUGUACAUUGCCUCCGACCACACCCCUCUGUCCUUCUCUGUAUUUGAAAGGGGACCAGUGUUCACUACGGCGAGGCAGCUGGUGCACGCACUGGCCAUGCACUAUGCUGCUGGGGCUCUUUUCAGAGCAGGCUGGGUGGUGGGGUCUCUGGAGAUCCUCGGCAGCCCCGCCAGCUUAGUGAGAAGCAUUGGAAACGGGAUCUCGGACUUCUUCAGGCUUCCAUACGAGGGACUGACACGAGGCCCAGGGGCCUUUGUGAGCGGAGUUUCCCGAGGGACCACAUCAUUCGUCAAGCACAUUUCCAAAGGUACCUUGACAUCCAUCACCAACUUGGCCACCAGCCUGGCCCGAAAUAUGGACCGGCUCUCGCUGGAUGAAGAGCACUAUAACCGGCAGGAGGAGUGGCGGCGGCAGCUUCCUGAGAGCCUGGGCGAGGGACUGCGGCAGGGCCUGUCCAGGCUGGGCAUCAGCCUGCUCGGUGCAAUUGCUGGAAUAGUUGAUCAGCCAAUGCAGAACUUCCAGAAAACAUCCGAGACCCAGGCUUCAGCAGGACGUAAGGCCAAGGGUGUCAUCUCAGGUGUGGGGAAAGGAAUCAUGGGGGUCUUCACCAAACCCAUCGGGGGAGCUGCAGAACUUGUGUCACAGACUGGCUAUGGUAUUUUACAUGGAGCUGGACUUUCUCAGCUUCCCAAACAACGGUAUCAACCAAGAGAUCUCCAUGCUGACCAAGCUCCAAACAGCCAUGUCAAAUAUGUCUGGAAAAUGCUUCAGUCUCUGGGCAGACCAGAAGUCCACAUGGCUCUCGAUGUGGUUCUGGUGAGGGGUUCAGGCCAGGAGCAUGAAGGGUGCUUGCUGUUGACAUCAGAAGUGCUCUUUGUCGUAAGCAUCAGUGAAGACACACAACAACAGGCCUUCCCCAUCACAGAGAUCGACUGUGCACAGGACACCAAGCAAAACAACCUGCUCACUGUGCAGCUCAAGCAACCAAGAGUAGCCUGUGAUGUGGAGACGGAUGGUGCCCGGGAGAGACUGUCAGAGCAACAGUUCAACAGGCUCGUGGACUACAUCGCAAAAACAUCUUGUCACCUGGCCCCAAGCUGCUCGUCCAUGCAAACAGCAUGUUCUGUGGUCGCUGUGGAGCUGCCCCCUGCCACUGUCAGAACCUACCACUACUUAGCUGACCCCCACUCUGCUCAGGUCUUCGUUAGUAGGUUCACCAUGGUAAAGAAUAGAGCCCUGAGGAAAGGCUUCCCCUGAGUCCCUUCCUGAGUCCCCCUUAGGGCAGAUGUUUGAUUGCUGAGCAACAGAGGGUUCCCACAUUCAACACGGACACGAGUCCAGCGUGUAUAGUAGCAGGCAUACUAACUGUGCAGGGAUUUUAUAUAGUACCUUCUCCCCAGACCAAAAAGAUAAAAGAAAAAGAUACCCCUUCUUCAAGUUACAAAGAAAAAAAAUUCAAGUGGGAGAGGAACAAAGGAUCAGCAGAAUCCUGUUUUUGUAUUCUUACCAUGUGUAGAAAACAUUUUUUCUCUAUGCCAUCUGCUGAAAUUGUCACUGUAAUUUCAAUAUGUUAACGUUCUGCUAUAUAGUAAAAUGUGGACAGGCCUUAGAAUAGACACAAAAUAAAACUCCACCACCCCUGUAAUACCUAGAGUGUUGUUUCACUUGUUGAGUUUUUUCAUUUAACUACAAUACCAUUCUUUUAGUAAAACUGAUGUAUAUUAACUGCUCAGGUAUAUUUUGGAAAGCUAUGUUUUACCAAGCUAAAAAGUAACAUUUUGUGUCUACCGACAAGAACAGAACAUAAAGAACAGAACAUAAUGCUUGUAUGUUUAUUUAGUUCCAGAAUUCCUUAGUAAAUGGAGUAAGUUAAGAACCCCAACAUUGCCAAACCGUGGUGGCACACACCUUUGAUCCCAGUACUUGGGAGGCACAGACAGGUGGAUCUCUUGAGUUCGAGGCCAGUCUGGUCUACAGUGCGAGUUUCAGGACAGCCAGAGCUACACAGAGAAAACCUGUCUCCAACAUUAAGGCUAACAAUACCAUCAGUCCAGGUAGUUCUCUAUGUACUGACUUGAUAAAGUGUGUAGGCAGUUCCUAAAGGCUGAUAAGAAUUAUUUAACAUCCAAGAAAGGUUUCGAUGCAAGACCUGGAGACCAGCUGUCUCAUCAUCUGCUGAUGGCAUCUGUGCAUGGGCCUGAAACGUGUUUCCUUCAGCUGAAAAGCGACAGUACGAUCUUAAAGACCACCGAGCUCCAGCUCCCAAGUCGGCUGGGCACACACCCCACUACAUCGCUACUACUGGAAAACAAAAGUGGACAAUUCAAGCCAAACAUGAAAAUCGUCUCUGGAUUAGUCUGUUACUCAUUUAGGAAAGCAACAUUUUUGUCAACCUCAAGAAUAAUUAUUUUUAAGAAUGUAAAUAUGUACUGAAUCUUAUAUGGCUUAAGGUAAUUUUACAUAUUGCUAAGAAUUAUAUAAAUAAUAAAAGACAUUCCUGAAUUACUGA